AAUCGCUCGCAGACCGGUUCUGCGUCGAGUCAAACUGAAUGAGUGUGUUUAAUCGGAUGAUAAUCCUCUCUUGAUUCUCUUGCCACCGCUCCUAUAAAGAUUAUCGCCCGCAGCAUUCACCCGGAGCUGUUGGCUACCGAAACAUCGCAGAAUCUUCAAACUUCAAACAUGGCUGUGCCAAUCCUUUAUGUCGCCGCUGUUUUAACUGCAUGUCUUCUGGUUCACGUAGACGGGCAAUCUCUGGUUACGCGGAAAUUCCCCCACAAUAUGAAAGUGACAGGCGCGCUGCCGAAAAACCUCAGACUCGACCCCGCACUGAAAAGCAUGCUCGAACUCCGAGCACCGGCAGGUUUUGAAGCUGAAGUGCUGAUGGGCGGAUACAAGUUCAAUGACACCGAUCACUUGAUCAAAGCUCUACUCCACGACAGUUACAAAGCCAAAGUCGCAAAAACUCUCAAAGAAUCGUAUCAGCCAUUGGAUCAAAUCGGUACCAUGGUGCUCGACUACAUGUUCAUGCGCCACAUCUUACUGAACAUGAACUCGAUUAGUGGACAUCAACUUUCGACAAUGAAGAAUGCCAUGGUGCAACGUGAUACGCUUUGUUUCGUCGCACUGAAGCACAAUUUCGAGAAAUACAUCCAUGUGGACCGUAAACUGCUUGAAACGAAAGCCAUGGGAGAAUUCAGGGACGCGGUUGAGAAAAAUGAGGUAUACCAAGACAUCGUGCAGAAGAUACCCAUUCCGAAAGAGCGACCGGUUCCGGUAUCCUUCCUCGCCCCAAUGUUUAAAGCGGUUAUCGGAGCAGUCUAUGUAGACAGUGGUUAUGACAUGCAAGCGGUCGAAGAAUCCAUCUUGCCGCUUUUCAAAAAGAAAUUGAUCGCGUCAUCAGCAAGGUCACUCUCAGGAACCAGAAAGUCAUGUGAGGCAUAUGAAAACCCCGCGAAUUCGUCUUCCUGGUCGUUCGACCCUUCAGUGACUGAAUAAACUGUCCCCGAUACAUAAGAU